AUGUGGCGGCGCGGCAUCGGAGCUGGUGCGCUGCCGCACGCAUGGCGGACGCGUUGCAUAACGACACAGGCGUUUGUUUCAUCUGUAGAAAAGGUCCAGCAGCAGUUGAGUGCUUCGGAGCGAAAGCAAGAGCUUCUGUUGCACGGACGCCAGCUGUUUGAGUCAGAAACUCUCGACGACAUCAAGACAUCAUGGACUCCUGCCGUGGCUGGAACGAUCUGCCAUGCUGCGACACAGUUGCGCAUAUCUUCCACCAAAGGACAACCGUUUGCCGCCGUGCUAGAACGCAGCCUUUCACCAGCUGCAGUGGAGGCAAUGGACGUGCCGUCACUCGCCCGCAUUGUGCACGCUUGCUUGGUUUUGCGUUCGCCACAACUCUACGAAGUUCUAUUCACUUAUAUCCGUCGCCUCAUCAAGUUAGCGCCGACCAUAGACACCGUGUCGUGUGCGGUGCUCCUCAAUGCCUACGGCCGGGCGCAGGUGCAGCACGAGGAGCUGUACCAGGCCCUAUGCGACAGGGCGGCUGUCGUGAUGAAAGACCCUCGUACCUUCGUUGCGCACACAGCGAAUGUGGCCCAUGCCCUCGCCCGUGUUCACUUUUUUCACAGAGACCUUUUCCUUGUUUUGCGCGAUCAGGCUGUCCGCCAGGUGUCGCAAGGGCCCCCACUUGUACCUGUCACGAUCCUCGACGCAUUUGCGGAGGUUGACUUUGUCGACGACACUCUUUUUAAUGUCUUGGAGCAGCGACUGAUGAAGGAGCUGGGCGAACUGCCUGCCCCUCUUAUGGCAUCCCUUGUCGCCUGCUUGGUGAAGGCGGGAAAGGCUUCGUCACCACUCUUCACAACGUGUGGUGACCGCAUCGUUGCGAUUGGUAACACGUUUGACUCCACCUCUAUCGCUAAGACAUGUGACGCCUUCUACCGCGCCAAUGUUCUCGCAGAGGAGGUAUUCGGCGCUCUUGCCGAGCGUGCUUGCAAAGUGGCAGCUGAUUUCCGAGCUGACGAAAUACACCUUACACUGAAUGCCCUUGGGUCCUUUGAUUUGUUUGACGGAGAACUGUUUCCUUUGCUCGCGUCUCGCUUUGUGUCAAUUGUGAAACAGGGUGGAUACGUCAGUCCCACCGACGCUGCUGGUGUCCUCACAAGUUUUGCAGCCGUGCAGGAAAAGAGCGAUGAACUUAUUCAUGUCUGCACGCAGCUGCUGGCCACCCAUUGCGAUGCACUUGAUGGUGUAACUCUGGUGCAGGCCUUGUGGGCUUGUGCCAUUCUCAAUGUGCGAAAUGAGGCGCAGCGUACACUCUUAGAAGCAGCAAGGGGCAAUGCGGGGAAGCUUCCCAGCGAGGAGACGGCGGCGAAGGUGUCCAAUGCUGCACUGGAGCGCCUUCAGUACGUCAUGAAGGCAUACGAUCUGGCCCCAUCAUCUGGGCAACCGUCUUUGUAA